AAAAAAAAAACAAAAAAAGUGGAGCUGUGGAGAUAGAAGCUACCUCCUGGGAACAAAACCAAGUUAAACCUCUUGCGGUAAUCCCAUCUCCAUUAACUUUCCUCUCUCUCUCUCUCUCUCUCUCCGACAGCGUUCUUGAGGCCCUUGUUCUGAGUCUCUGAGCCAAAGCAGCGGCUUGUGAUUGAGAGAACUCUCCCUAACAGUUUGGCCAUUAAAGAUGUCGGGAAAAGGCGCCAAGGGUUUGAUAAUGGGGAAGACUCCCACCAACAAAGACAAAGACAAGAAGAAACCCAUCUCUCGCUCCUCCCGAGCUGGCCUCCAGUUUCCAGUUGGUCGGAUCCAUCGUUUACUGAAAACUAGGACAACGGCGCAUGGUAGAGUGGGAGCUACAGCUGCUGUCUAUGCUGCGGCUAUCUUGGAGUAUUUAACUGCAGAGGUGUUGGAGCUAGCUGGCAACGCAAGCAAGGAUCUCAAGGUGAAACGUAUCACUCCCAGACAUUUACAACUCGCAAUUCGAGGAGAUGAAGAACUUGACACCCUGAUCAAAGGAACUAUAGCUGGUGGAGGUGUAAUUCCUCAUAUCCACAAGUCCCUCAUCAACAAAUCAUCCAAGGAAUAGAUUAAAACAUCGAGCGAGCAUGGUAUCUUUCUUUGCCUACCCUACUCUUCAUGUGGUUAGUUUUUCUAUGUCUCUUGUGGAUUUGUUUUCACUUUUUUUGCUGAUGCAUUAAUGUAACUAAGAUGUCUGCUGUAUUAGAUCUAGGUUAUUGAUUUGUCGUGGUAGGUUUGAUUUUUAUAUCUAAUGGCACUGACCGAGGAUGUGGUUACUAUGUAACCUUUAUUAACUUGGCGCUCUUGUAUAGAAAUGUUUGUAUGGAUUGGCAUAAACGAUGUUCAUUUGUCAGAAGAUUUUUUAAGAGCCCAUCUGAUCUUUAGUA